AUGAAGCAGUACAAUGUUGGAGUUCCAUUUGAAAGAAUAGCUAUCGACGUAGCUGGACUCUUUCCUCGUAGUAGUAGUGGAAAUCGCUAUAUUUUGGUAGUUAUGGACUACUUCAGUAAGUGGCCAGAAAUAUAUCCCAUACCCAACCAAGAAGCAGUCACCGUGGCUGAAGUUCUAUUUGAAAAUUGGAUAUGCCGUUAUGGAGUCACUAGGGAAAUCCAUUCAGACCAAGGACGGAACUUCGAAUCCGAAGUAUUUCAGGGUGUUUGCGGUCUACUAGGCAUCCACAAAACCAGGACUACACCUCUUCAUCCGCAGUCCGAUGGAAUGGUGGAGAGAUUUAAUCGCACCAUUGAAAAUAUCCUGAGAACGGCCGUCAACGAGAAACUGACCAACUGGGACACCUGCAUUCCUCCAUUUUUAUUAGCUUACCGAGCAGCCAUUCAUGAAACCACUGGCAAAACACCAGCCAAUGUAAUAUUUGGCACGGGGCUACGUUUACCAAUAGACCUGAUUAUAAAUCGACCGCAGCAGGAGGAAAGUUUAAACGAUUAUCUCAGCCACCUGAAACAUCGGAUAAAGUUGGUACACGAAGAGGUACGAGAAAAAUUGAAGAUGGAGAGCGACAGAAUGAAGACCCGAUACGAUUUGCGUGCCAACAGCAGCGGCUUUCAAGAGAACGAGAAAGUUUGGCUUUAUAACCCGAAAAGAACCAAGGGCAAGUCUCCGAAAUUGCAGAAAUCUUGGGAAGGCCCUUACACCAUCGUGACGAGAAUCAACGACGUGGUGUACCGGAUCCAAAGGAGUCCUCAGGCCAAGAUGAACAUUGUUCACCUGGAUCGACUUACACCCUACCAAGAAGGCCAUGCGGACAAAGGAGUAACCUGA